AUGGCAGACACAAAUCAGCGUGUCGUGAUCAUCGGAGCCGGCAUCGUAGGCGCCAACGUCGCCGACGAGCUGGUUUCGCGAGGAUGGAAGAACAUCACAGUCGUGGAGCAGGGUCCCAUUGACCUCCCCGGCGGCUCAACAUCACACGCUCCCGGCCUGGUAUUCCAGACAAAUUCCUCAAAGACGAUGACUUUGCUCGCAAAGUACACCAUGAGCAAGCUCCUGUCGAUGGACUGCUUCAAUCAGGUGGGAGGUUUGGAGAUCGCCACUACGCCUGCAAGACUGGAGGAGCUAAAGCGGAAGCAUGGCUGGGCUGCCUCGUGGGGGAUUGAGGCACGGCUGAUUAGUGCUGAGGAGUGCGCGAGCAUGUAUCCUCCGCUAAACAAGGAUAUGGUGCUUGGAGGGCUGCACAUUCCGAGCGAUGGGUUGGCGUUGGCCAAGGAUGCUGUGCGAUUACUCGUCCAGAAGACACGAGAAGCUGGUGUGCGGUACAUGGAUUCGACGCCAGUAACCGGGAUCGAGCAGACGCAAGGUCGGGUCACGGGUGUACAAACACCCAAUGGCACCGUGGAGGCAGACAUCGUAAUCUCUUGCGCUGGCUUCUGGGGAGUAGAGAUCGGAGCGAUGGUUGGGCUUCCUAUUCCUCUCCUCCCGCUUGCACACCAAUACGUCAAGACGAGCAGCGUACAGGCUCUAAAAGGUCGGAACAAGGGCCCGAACGGUGCAACUCUGCCCAUGCUCCGACAUCAGGACCAAGAUCUCUAUUAUCGCGAGCACGGCGAUCAGUACGGAAUCGGGUACUACGGCCACCAGCCUUUGCCCGUCGUUGCGGCAUCUUUGGGCAUCACACCAAAGGAAGUUACAGAUCACCAGAUGCCCUCAAGGAUGGAGUUCACACCGCAGGACUUCGAUCCAGCUUGGAAGGAAUCCCAGACGCUUCUGCCAGCUCUGCAGCAGACUGAAAUCGCAGAUGGCUUCAAUGGCAUCUUCUCAUUUACACCAGACGGCGGACCCGUCAUCGGUGAGCAUCCUAAGCUCGACGGCUUCUGGGUGGCGGAAGCGAUCUGGGUUACGCAUUCUGCCGGCAUGGCAAGGGCACUCGCAGAGAUCUUGACCGUGGGACGCUCUACGAUCGACCUUAGCGGCUGCGAGCUCAGCCGUUUCGAAGAAGUGCAGGUUGCGCCCGACUACGUCCGGGAGACGUCGAUGCAGAACUUCGUGGAGGUUUACGACAUCAUUCACCCGCUUGCUCCCAAGGAGUCACCCCGUAACAUUCGGGUGAGCCCUUUCCACUCGCAGCAGCAAGAGCUUGGUGCAUACUUCCUCGAAGACGGAGCGUGGGAGCGACCGCAUUGGUUUGAGGCGAAUGCACCGCUUUUGGAUUCUUUGCCUGCACGGUGGCGGCCGGCAGAGCGGGAUGCCUGGGCUGCUCAGCACUAUUCCCCAAUCUGUGCUGCAGAGGCAUGGAAGACAAGAACAGCGGUUGCGAUGUACGACUUAAGCCCGCAAAAGCGUCUCACGAUUUCCGGCCCUGGUGCUGUACACCUUUUGCAGCGCCUUGGAACGAACGAUGUCGAUACUCCUGUCGGCACCAUCACAUAUACACUCCUCCUAGACACCCACGGCACCAUCCGCAGUGAUGUCUGGGCCUCUCGAAUCGACGAGACUACCUUCCAAGUCCGCGUCAACGGCAACCUCGACUUCGCGUAUCUCUCGCAGGAAGCACGCAAGCAAUGCCGGCAGUCCCCCAACAAGUGGGUGCUCGUCUCCGACAUCACGGGCGGGACCUGUUGUAUUGGUCUCUGGGGUCCCAACGCCCUCGAUGUCAUCAGCAAGGUCAGCGACGAUGACUUCUCCGACGCCGCACUGCCCUACUCCCACGUCAAGCUCGCACGAAUACAGGGUGUCCCAGUCGCAGUCAUGCGUCUCUCGCAAGUCGGCGAGCAAGGCUGGGAAAUCUGCACCACCGCUGAUUGCGGCAGACGACUGUGGGAUGUGCUGUGGCAGGCAGGGCAACCCAGCGGUGUCAUCGCCGCAGGCCGAAACGCCAUGCACGCACUCUGGAUGGAAGUAGGCUUCAAAGGCUACGGCACCGAUAUGACCCGCGAACACGACCCCUACCAAGCUGGCCUCGAAUUCACCAUCGCCUCCAAUAAGGCGGAUUUCGUCGGCAAGGCGGCGCUAGAGAAGCGUAAGAACCCUACCCGACGACUGAGAUGCCUUACUGUCGACGAUAGGACGUCGGUCGUUAUGGGCAAAGAGCCGGUUUUCGUUGAGGGGAAGGCGGUGGGAUAUGUGGCGAACACAGCUUUCGGGUAUACAAUUGGGAAACCGAUCGCCUAUGCCUGGUUGCCAGUGGAGAUGGGGGAGGGGAGAGGGGUGGAGGUGGAGUACUUUGAGCGACGUAUCAAGGCGACUGUGACGAGCGAGCCAGCGAUUGAGGCAGGGAGUGAUGGUGGAGUGAAGACAAUGUCGACCGCAGGGUCGAAGACAGCACGUCCUCAAUUCAGAGCGAGGCUGUAG